AUGGACGAACAGCGGCCACUGCCUCCGCUGGAGGAGAUAUAUACUCAAGUGUCAAGACACGCGUUGGGAAACAACGAACAGCUUGGUGCAGCUGCGACCGCAGCGGAAGCCUUUGUCUCGGUUGCGGCCCCGGUCCGUCAGCAGCGAGAGGACACCAAUGCCACCGAGCCUGUCGUGGAACACCGAACGUCUUUAAACGUGCCUACUGAGCAGCUUGUUCCCACACCUUACCCUGCGAAGCGUGCCAGAAAAGCGGGAGUACUUGCGUUCCGCGCGAGGUCGCCAGUCAGCAGGGUUCAUCCUGACCAGCCCUCUAGUGACACCUCAAGAGCAUAUGAGGUUCACGCCAGCGCAUCUAUGGAGGGACACCGAUGGAGCGUGUCCGAUAUGGGCCGCGCUUCAGAUGUCGCCGUCCCAAGAAACAGUGGUGCUAAACGAGGCUCACCCAUUACGUGCCCUGCAGACGUUACUGCUCGUGGGGAAAGGUAUGAGGUUAUCGAUGAUGAGAACAGCACUCUCCCAUCCGAAACUGGCGUAAAUGCAGGCUGGGGACCCCCGCUUAGCGCAAUCGCACUCCCGAACUCGUAUAUGUCCGCAGACAACUCGACAGAGGAUCAUACAGCAGAUGCAUGGUACUCGAUGCCGUGGGCUACGGAGCCAUACUCGUGGGAGACUUUGCCUGCAUCUUUCUGGGGUUGGACCUGGUCUCAAGCCGACAAUGUGGCCCCCUCCGAGACCGACGAGCUGUACCCUCCGGGUCCCUCCUUUGAUCCACAGGAGGCUAUUCCCUCGUCUGAUGCACUCGGGAUCUCUUCUAUCAUAGAAACUGCGCCACCGAGCUUUCCUCGCUUGCAGCAUGUUAAGGACGGCAGCUUGGCGCUCCCGGCUGAGUCUCCAAUGCUAUCGCCUCCCUGGGAUCCAUUGACGCCUGUUUCCGCAGCACUGCCUAUGACGGACUUCCACCGCCACAGCUUGCAUCAACAACCAUUCGCGCCCAUCCCUGUUCGGAACAUCGAGUCGACAGUACCCCCAUGGCUACCGACUAUGGUGGAUUACCAGGGGAGUGAAGUCAUCCCGUUCGAUAACGUCGGUGCCAACAGACAGGAGUCAUCGUGUCAUGUCACGGCGCCGGAAGGCCAGGUCGAGCAUCGUCACUCGACCUCGGUAUGUGGCUUCAAUGCUCACAAGAAACGGGAACCGCUUGCGUAGUAGGAACGCGGAAACUUGCUUGUCUAUAUGUCCAUGAAUUAUGAUACAAUGUCGUUCAUGAUAGGUUGGUGCUUUUUUACAAAUGG